AUGAAGUGUGCAUCAUCCAUACAUCUAUUCCAGGCCCUAGUCGGCAAGCACUUGCCAGAGUACCCUCAGCACCUGUACAAGCGGGCGAAGUUGGAAGUGGACAAGCAGACGGCGGCCAUCAAGAAGCGCCUCCUCAUCCUGACGUAUCAGGCCUGUGUGCGGCAGAGCGAAGCUGAUAUUAAGGAGUUCUUUCUCAUGGCUAUGAAGAGAUGCCUGCUCUCCUACAUCCUGGAGGACCCAGCGGAAUGCGAGCGCCUCCGUAUCGCGUUCUUACCAACUCUGUGGCCGGCACUAUGCGUACGCGCGCCCGUAGCGUGGCACGCGGACGCUGUGCGCGCGCGCCACUCGCUGCACUACCGCUUCUACCAGGGCAACCCUGUGCUGCUCGAGCUGCGACGCAUCUGGCACGACAGGUACCAAAACAUGUUAAUCUGCGACAUGAACAAGAUGCAAGAGCACACACCAUUCCCGCAAUACAUCCCGGAGUUCACGGAGCGGCUCAACAAGCUGUGUGCCGAGACUCGCGCCGAACUCCUGGACAACUGGCUCAUAGACGUGGCAGAUACCAUGAUCAAGAUGAGGCAUCAUUGGUCGAUAUAUGUCGCGAAGAAGAAGAAGGAGUCUACGUUUCAGGUGGAAGCUUUCUUCAGAUCUAUCCAUGCACUUAUGUCGAGGCAAGUGCGAGACUUGGUGGAACGAAGCGUGUAUCAUUUUGCAGAAUAUUUCAAGUACUAUUGGGACGGCAACAACUACAGCGGCACAUACCGCGACUACAUGUUCAUCAAGCGGCCGCUGCUUCGCAUCCGCGUGGUGGGCGCGCCUGGCUCCACCAGCAUCGGCUUCGAGCCCACGCUGGAGCAGGUCCGGCAGCAGAUCGUCAAGUGGGUGCACGCCAUCAUCAACGUCAACUACCAGCUGCCGAGCGUCGACAGCGUCAUGUACCCGAAUGUGGUACGACCGCAGCCGUACCUAUCAGCAGUGUUCCCUGACGAAACCUAUAUGCUGGACGUCGUAAACGAAUGCAUCAAGCACUUCGGCUCCAACCGCGCCGGGCCCGCGCGCUACCUGUCCUGCUUCCAGGACUACUACUAUAUCCUGGAUGGCACUGCGCAUCAGGAUCUGCUGGCGUUCUUUGCGCAGGACCCCGCGCCGUACCUCAAGGACUUUUCCGCCCGCAUCUACAUGUACGAAGAGCUCCGCGACGAGAUCCUGUUCCUUCGGCGGGACAUCCCGCUCAAUAUGGUCAUGCUGGACUGCGGGCCCAUCAACGACACCAUGUGGGGCGUGGUGGACGGGCUGCGCAGCCACAUCGUCGACCACUUCAUCGCCGUCAACCGCAAGUGGAACCGCGCCAUCUGCAACGUUUACGAGGAGAUGGCGGCGCGCUCGUCCGAGAGCCCGGAGACGACGGCGCAGCUGGUGGAGCUGGUCAACUACAUCCAGGACUGCCGCGACUGCGCCAUGUUCGACCUCAAGGAGAAGUCGCGCACCACCGCCGAGUACGUGAUAUUCCUGAUGCAGCACGCGCAUUUGAACUUCGAAGACAUAAACCUGAACACGCGCGUUUUCCUCUGGCCACUCGAUAUGGAGGAAACCAUCGACCUGACCCUCAAAACCCUCUACACCAAGAAGACCAUGGCUGAAGACAAGCUGCGCAGCCGCAAGGCGAUCUUCGAGGAGAAACUGAAGCGUCAUGAGAAAGACCUGGAGCUGUUCCGAAGGUUCGACCCACCACUGCUGAACCUGGAUUUGUUGAGAGAUGUGGUGGGAAAGGUCGAUGAGAUCUUCAAGAAUUUGAUGGAAGACAAAUACGAAGCGGACGACAUAAUCAACGAGGAGCAGCUGCUGGAUCAAGAGCUUUCGGUGUACUUCAGCCUGCAGACCAUGCUGGCUGGCAUCGACCCCUUCCACAAGCUCUGGCACACCUCCUUCGACUUCUACGACGGCUACGAGAAAUGGUACCACGGCCCAUUCCUGGGUCUGGACGCGGAGCAGAUCGCCGAGGACGUGGAGGCGUGGUGGAAGCUUUUGUACAAGCUGGGCAAGCAGCUGUUUGAAUACCCUGGAGCCAAGCGUAUCGCUGAUAUGGUGCGCAACAAGCUGGAGAAGUUUAAAGUGCUGCUGCCGGUGCUGUGCGCUAUAUGUAACAAGGGCAUGCGUGACCGCCACUGGGCCAAGAUCAGCGAAUUAGUGGGCGUGGAGGUAGCACACGGUCCCGAAGCCACUCUAGCUGACAUGGUGGAACAAGGCGUGCACGUGUACGCGUCGCAGUUGGAGGAAAUCGAGCAGUACGCCUCCAAAGAGUACUCGCUCGAGCGCGCGCUUAAUAAGAUGAAGGAGGAGUGGUGCGGCGUCAAGUUCGAGGUCGUGCCCUACAGAGACACGGGCGUGGGCAUCCUGACGGGGCUGGACGACAUCCAGCAGCAGCUGGACGACCAUAUCCUCAAGUCGCAGACCAUGCGCGGCUCGCCCUACGUCAAGGCUUUCGAGGCAGACAUGGUGGCCUGGGAGGAGAAGCUGAUCAGCAUGCAGGAUAUCCUGGACCAGUGGCUGCAGUGCCAAGCGACAUGGAUGUACCUGGAGCCGAUAUUCUCUUCCGAGGACAUCAUGCGUCAGAUGCCGACCGAGGCGCGCAACUUCCGCGACGUGGACAAGGAGUGGCGAAGCAUCAUGGGCGCGACCCAGAAGGAGCCGCUGGUGCUGCCCGCCACCGACUACCCGGGGCUGCUGAGGAAGCUGCGCUACAACAACGCGCUGCUCGACGACAUCCAGCGCGGGCUCAACGACUACCUCGAGAAGAAGCGGCUGUUCUUCCCCAGGUUCUUCUUCCUAUCAAACGACGAGCUACUGGAGAUCCUGUCGGAGACAAAGGACCCGAUGAAAGUGCAACCUCACCUGAAGAAGUGCUUCGAGGGCAUCUACACGCUGGAGUUCAACGCCAACAAGGAGAUCGUCGGCAUGGCGUCCGCUGAGGGCGAGAUUGUUAAGCUGUCCACCAGCAUUCAGCCGGCAGAUGCCAAGGGCAUGGUGGAGCGCUGGCUACAGCAAUUAGAGCAGCAGAUGAUCGUGAGCCUGCGCGACGUGGCCUCAGAGGCCAUUACGGCGUACCCGCUGACGCAGCGCGAAGACUGGGUGCUGGUGUGGCCCGGACAGAUCGUGCAGGCCGGCUCCUGCGUGCAGUACACCACCGAGGCCAUCGAAGCGAUCGAGACGCAAAGCCUGCCCGAACUCGUCGAGCGCAGCACGGCGCAGAUCACGGGCCUGGUGUACCUGGUGCAGGGCGAGCUGGAGCCCGGCAACCGCAUCACCGUCGAGGCGCUCAUCGUGCUCGACGUGCACGGUCGUUCGAUCCUAGAAGAGAUGGUCAGCAAGAAUGUACAAGACAUAACGGACUUCAACUGGAUCUCGCAGCUACGCUACUACUUCCGCGGUGACAAGAUGUCCUGCUCCAUGAUCACUACCGAGGUGGAAUACGGGUUCGAGUACCUGGGCAAUAUUGGCCGAUUGGUUGCUACGCCGCUUACUGAUCGCUGCUUCAGAACCCUAAUGAGUGCUCUCAAGUUGAAUCUUGGCGGCGCGCCUGAGGGCCCCGCUGGCACGGGUAAGACGGAGACCACCAAGGACCUGGCCAAGGCGGUCGCCAAGAAGUGCGUCGUCUUCAACUGCUCCGACGGCCUGGAUUACAAGGCGCUUGGCAAGUUCUUCAAGGGUCUAGCCCAGUCAGGCGCGUGGGCGUGCUUCGACGAGUUCAACCGGAUCGACCUGGAAGUGCUGUCGGUGGUGGCGCAGCAGAUACUGUCCAUCCAGCUGGCCAUCCUGCGCCGCGAGAAGCGCUUCGUCUUCGAGGGCACGGAGAUCAGCCUCAAUCCUACUUGCUCCGUCUUUAUUACUAUGAAUCCUGGUUACGCCGGACGUACGGAGCUCCCGGACAACCUCAAAGUGCUGUUCCGGACGGUGGCCAUGAUGGUGCCGGACUACGCCAUGAUCGGCGAGAUCACGCUCUACUCCAACGGCUUCGUCUGCGCUGGCCCGCUAGCGCGCAAGAUCGUGCAAGCAUACAAGCUGUGCUCGGAACAGCUGUCAUCUCAAAACCACUACGACUACGGCAUGCGAGCCGUCAAAUCCGUGCUGCUGGCCUCUGGAGCGCUCAAGAAGAACUACCCCGAGAAAGACGAGGCGCAGCUCGUGCUACGGGCCAUCAUCGACGUCAACAUGCCCAAGUUCCUGUCGCAGGACGUGCCAUUAUUCGCGGGUAUCUACUCCGAUUUGUUCCCUGGGGUGGAGAUCCCUCAGCCAGAUCGUGCCGAGCUGCUUAAGUGCAUCAAUAAGGACUUGGAAAAACGCAACUUGCAGCCAACUGACUGGUACCUGGAGAAGAUUAUACAGAUCUACGAGAUGAUGCUGGUCCGCCACGGGUUCAUGGUGGUAGGCCCACCCAUGGGCGGCAAGACGCAGGCCUACCAGUCGCUGGCCGACUCGCUGCGCGCGCUUCAGCUGAUGAAGCCGCCGCCGCGCCACAAGGAAUUCGGCGCCAUCUACCGCAUCCUCAACCCCAAGGCCAUCACCAUGGGCCAGCUGUACGGCUGCUUCGACCCCGCCUCGCACGAGUGGUCCGACGGAGUCCUAGCCAUAGCCUUCCGCGAGUACGCCAUGUCGAUCACUCGCGACCGCAAGUGGAUCCUGUUCGACGGGCCCGUGGACGCCGUGUGGAUUGAGAACAUGAACACCGUGCUCGACGACAACAAGAAGCUGUGCCUCAUGAGCGGAGAGAUCAUCCAGAUGACUAACAAGAUGAACUUGAUCUUCGAACCAGCGGAUUUGGAGUUUGCUUCUCCGGCUACGGUGUCCAGAUGUGGCAUGAUCUACAUGGAGCCUGAACAACUAGGCUGGCGAGCGUUCCUGGAGUCGUACAACACGCACCUGAGCAAGAAGCUGAUCCCGGAGCAGUUCGAGCUGAUCCAGGAGCUCAUCGACUGGCUCGUGCCGCCCAUCUUCGAGUUCAUGCUCGUCAAGUGCCACCACUUCGUCGUGGUCGGCGAGAUCCACCAGUUCUUUUCGUUCACGCGUCUGUUCACGUGCCUACUCGAAGGCGAGUCGCAGUUCAGCACAAUGUGGUUGCAGUGCACCUUCGUUUUUAGCCUAUUGUGGGGAUUAUGCGCUACACUCACAGGUGACAGCCGCAAGCAAUUCGACUCGUUCUUCCGCAAACUCCUGGAUGGCAGCAAUGCGGCCUACCCCAAGCCCAAGUCCUUCAAGCUUACCAAGAACCAGCUGUUCCAGGAUAAGGACACGGUGUUCGACUACGUGUAUGAUAAGAGGAACAACGGCACCUGGAUCCCCUGGGUCGAUCUGGAGAAGGAAGUGCCUUUGGCUGCUAACGCGAAGGUGAACGAGCUCAUAAUCCUGACGAAUGAGAACGCGUGUCUCCGCUACUUCGUCUCCAAGAUGGUGAAGUCCAAGAUUCCCAUCUUACUGGUGGGCCCCACCGGCACCGGCAAGUCCUCGCUCGUGCUUAACUUCCUGCUCACGCUGCCCAAGGAGAAGUACAUCACCAACACCAUUAACUUCAGCGCCAGGACCACGGCCAACCAGACCCAAGAUAUCAUCAUGUCAAAAGUAGACAGAAGACGUAAAGGCGUAUUCGGACCUUCUAUGGGUAAAAAGUGUGUAUUAUUCGUGGAUGAUCUAAGCAUGCCUCAGAAGGAGCAGUGGGGAGCGCAGCCGCCGCUGGAGCUGUUGCGGCAGUGGAUCGACCAUGGCCACUGGUACGACCUCAAGGAGAUGGUGCGCCAGGAGGUCGUCGACGUGUUGCUGGUGUCAGCCAUGCUGCCUCCUGGUGGCGGCUCCAACCUGAUCUCUUCGCGGCUGACGCGGCACAUGCUGCUCAUCACGCUGGACUCCUUCGAGGACAACACGCUCAACAAAAUCUUCUGCACCAUCAUGGACUGGCACUUCACUAAGGGAUUCACUGACACACUCAUGAGGCAGAGUAAGACGGUGGUGUCAGCCACGAUGGAAGUAUACAAAUCAGUAGCGUCCCAAUUCCUGCCAACUCCAAGCAAGUGCCACUAUCUGUUCAACUUGCGGGACUUCGCGCGAGUCAUCAAGGGCAUUCUGCUGGUGCCCUCCAGCCACAUGAAGGAGAUGAAUAAGCUCGUGCUGCUGUGGAUCCACGAGACCUACCGCGUGUUCUACGACCGCCUGGUGGACGACGCCGACAGCCACAUGAAGGAGAUGAAUAAACUCGUGCUGCUGUGGAUCCACGAGACCUACCGCGUGUUCUACGACCGCCUGGUGGACGACGCCGACAGCAAGUGCCACUAUCUGUUCAACUUGCAGGACUUCGCGCGAGUCAUCAAGGGCAUCCUGCUGGUGCCCUCCAGCCACAUGAAGGAGAUGAAUAAACUCGUGCUGCUGUGGAUCCACGAGACCUACCGCGUGUUCUACGACCGCCUGGUGGACGACGCCGACAGCCACAUGAAGGAGAUGAAUAAACUCGUGCUGCUGUGGAUCCACGAGACCUACCGCGUGUUCUACGACCGCCUGGUGGACGACGCCGACAGACAAAAGCUGUUCGAAGUGGUACUGAAGGCGGUGUACGGCAACUUCCGCGUGCACAUGGACCAGGUGCUGCAGGAGACGGGCUACAUCCCCGAGGGCGAGAAGCUGGCCAACAAGCACGCCGCCAACAUCUUCUUCGGGAACUACAUGGAGCCCGACGCGGACCCCAAGGUUUAUGACCAGGUCAGCACGUACAAGCUCGCAGAGGAUCUUAUGGAGUACUACCUUGAAGAAUACAACGUUGUGUCGUCGUCGCCCAUGGCUCUCGUCAUGUUCCGAUACGCGCUCGACCACAUCUCACGCUGCACGCGCGUGCUACUUCAGGAUAACGGAAAUUUGCUACUGGUCGGUGUUGGUGGCAGCGGCAGGAGCAGUGCGGUCAAACUGGCCGCCAGUAUUCUGGAAAUGAAUGUCAUUCAGAUCGAGAUCUCCCGCGUGUACGGGCAAAACGAGUGGCGCGACGACAUCCGCAAGCUGCUCAUGAAGGCAGGCAUCAUCGGCAAGCCGCUCGUCUUCCUCUUCGCCGACAACCAGAUAAUGUACGAGGGCAUGGUGGAAGACAUCAACAUGCUGCUGAACACGGGCGAUAUCCCUAACCUGUACGGCAUGGACGAGAAGGUCGAGAUUCUGGACAAGAUGCAGACCGCCGUGAGAGAGGCUGGCAAGAAAAUGGAGACGACCCCGCUAGCUAUGUUCGGGUUCUACGUAGACCGCGUCAAGGCCAAUCUGCGCAUCGUCAUGGCCAUGUCGCCCAUUGGAGACUCCUUCCGCAAUAGGCUGAGGAUGUUCCCCUCGCUGAUUAAUUGCUGCACUAUUGAUUGGUUCACGGCGUGGCCGGCAGAGGCGCUGGAGCGUGUGGCAUCCAUGUUCAUCGCCAAAAUGGAGAACGUAGAGGAAGAGCUGUGCACGGCCUGCGUCGAGAUGUGCCAGCUUUUCCACAUCAGCGUCGUGGCGCUCAGCGACAGAUUCUACUCGGAUCAAAAGCGUAAAGUGUACGUGACGCCCACCAGUUACCUGGAACUCAUCAAAGCUUUCCAGAGCCUCUACGCUUUGAAAGUGGACCAGAUUACCAAAUCGAGGAUCAGAUACGAAACAGGUCUAGAACAGCUGGACUUCGCGGCAGGACAGGUGGCGGUGAUGCAACAGAACCUGCGCGACCUCCAGCCUCUUCUGGUGGAGACCUCGGACAAAACCGAGAAGCUCAUGAUCAAGAUCGAACAGGACACCGUCGUGGUGGAGAAGCAGAAAGAGAUCGUAGGUGCCGACGAAGCCCUAGCGAACGAGGCUGCAGCCGCAGCUCAAGCCAUUAAGGACGACUGCGAGUCGGACCUGGCUGAAGCAGUGCCAGCGCUGGAAGCCGCUUUAUCAGCGCUGAACACGCUGAAGCCUGCUGAUAUUACGCUUGUUAAGUCCAUGAAGAAUCCCCCAGCUGGUGUCAAGCUGGUGAUGGAAGCUGUGUGCGUCAUGAAGUCUAUUAAGGGGGAUAGAAAGAUGGAUGCCAACGGCAAGCCCUACGAAGACUUCUGGGGCCCGUCGCAAAAGAUGCUGGGCGACAUGAAGUUCCUGGAGAGCCUGAAGAACUACGACAAGGACAACAUACCGACGGCCGUCAUGAAGAAGAUCAGGGACAAAUACAUCCCGGACCGCGAGUUUGACCCGGUGGUGAUAGCCAAGGUGUCGUCAGCCUGCGAAGGGUUGUGCCGAUGGGUGCGCGCCAUGGACGUCUACGACCGAGUCAUCAAGGUGGUGGCGCCGAAGAAGGCUGCCCUAGGCGAAGCAGAGGCCGAGCUCCAGAUGCAGAUGAACACGCUCAACGAGAAACGCGCCCAGUUGCAGAGUGUCUUGGACAAACUGCAGGCCCUGAACGACGAGUUCGCCGAAAUGACGCGCAAGAAGAAAGGUCUAGAAGACGAGAUCGACCUGUGCUCGACCAAGUUAUCGCGCGCUGAACAGCUCAUCGGCGGGCUGGGCGGCGAGAAGGCGCGCUGGACCGACCUGGCGCACCAGCUCGAGGAACUGCUAGGGAAUAUUAUAGGAGACGUGCUUCUGUCAGCCGGGUUCAUUGCAUACCUCGGACCAUAUACCGUCAACUAUAGACGGGAGAUCGUGCAAAUCUGGAAUACGCGCACAAUUGAAUUACAGAUUCCGUGCUCCGAAUCAUUCUCUCUGAUGACUACACUCGGCGAGCCGGUGGUGAUCCGAGCGUGGAACAUCGCGGGACUGCCCGUGGACGCCUUCUCCAUCGAGAACGGCAUCAUCGUGGAGAAGUCUCGCCGCUGGCCGCUCAUGAUCGACCCACAAGAACAAGCGAACAAAUGGAUAAAGAACAUGGAGCGGGAGAACCAGCUGAAGGUCAUCAAGUUAACCGACCCCAACUACGUGCGGGUCCUGGAGAACUCCAUCCAGAUGGGAUUCCCCGUCAUCAUGGAAAACAUUCGCGAGCAACUGGACGCGGUGUUGGAGCCCGUUCUACUUAGGAACGUGUUCAGGUCGGGAGGCAUCGACUGCUUGAAGCUGGGCGACAACAUCCUGGAGUACAACCACAACUUCCGCUUCUACAUCACCACCAGGCUCAGCAACCCGCAUUACUUGCCAGAAAUCGCUGUCAAAGUGACGAUGCUGAACUUCAUGAUCACGCCGCAAGGGCUGCAGGACCAGCUGCUCGGCAUCGUGGUGGCGCAGGACCGGCCCGAGCUCGAGCUCAAGAAGAACCAGCUCAUCGUCGAGGGUGCUAAUAACAAGCGCACGCUCAAGGAGAUCGAGGACAAGAUAUUGGAGGUGCUAUCAUCAGCCGGCAACAUCCUAGAGGACGAAUCUGCCAACCAGAUCCUAUCCUCAUCUAAAGUCCUCUCGAUCGAGAUCGAAGCGAAGCAGGCGUCUGCAGCGGUGACUGAGAGAGAGAUCGACGAGGCGCGGCUCCUUUAUGUGCCUGUCUCCAAGCACAGCUCCGUGUUGUUUUUCUGUAUAUCAGACCUGGCUGCCAUCGAUCCUAUGUACCAGUACUCGCUCAACUGGUUCAUAAACCUGUACAACCAGGCCAUCAUCAACUCGCCGAAGAGCGAUGAUCUAGACGAGAGACUUUCGGGGCUCAACGCGUUCUUCACUCGCAGCAUCUACGAGAAUGUCUGCCGCAGCCUGUUCGAGAAGGACAAGCUGAUAUUCUCGCUCGUUCUGACGCUGGGAAUACUGAGAGCUAAGCUAAGGUUUGUGUUUAGAGCGACGACUGGACGAGAGACUGGCGGGGCUCACGCGUUCUUCACUCGCCGCAUCUACGAGAACGUCUGCCGCAGCCUGUUCGAGAAGGACAAGCUGAUAUUCUCGCUCGUUCUGACGCUGGGCAUACUCCGGGCCAAGGGCGCGAUAGACGAUGAGAUGGUGGGCUUCCUUCUGACGGGCGGCGUGGCUCUGGAGAACCCUUACGAGAACCCCGCACCCACCUGGCUGACUGAGAAGGCAUGGUCCGAGAUCGUGCGCUCCAGUAACCUUGCCGGCCUUCGCGGCUUCAAGGAGAAUUUCGAGCGCAACGUAAAGGGCUGGAAGGACUUCUACGACUUGUCUGCGCCGCAUGAGAACACGCUGCCACCGCCAUACGAAAACAUCAAGGGUAUUCCCAAACUCAUCAUACUGAGAUGUAUCCGCCCGGACAAGCUGAUUCCGCUCGUACAACAAUACGUGGUCGAGGAAAUGGGUCGGGUGUACAUCGAACCGCCGCCAUUCGACCUGGAGAAGUCGUAUAAUGACAGCAACUGCUGCUCGCCGCUCAUCUUCAUUCUGUCGGCUGGCUCCGACCCCAUGUCGGGGCUCGUCAAGUUCUCCAUGGAGAAGAAGGUCGUCAGCUUCGAGACCAUCUCGCUGGGACAGGGGCAGGGUCCCAUAGCAGCGAACAUGAUAAACCAAGCCAUCCAGACGGGCGGCUGGGUGGUGCUGCAGAACUGCCACGUCAUGGAUUCUUGGAUGGGCGAGUUGGAGCGCAUCUGCGCCGAGGUCAUCGUCCCCCAGGCCACGCACCACAGCUUCCGAUGCUGGCUGACGUCGUACCCUAGUCGGGCGUUCCCUGUCACUGUGCUCCAGAACGGUGUAAAAAUGACGAACGAAGCGCCGAAAGGCCUCAAGAACAACAUCUACCGCUCGUACAUAUCCGACCCAAUCUGCGACCCGGAGUUCUAUAUCUCGUGCCCGCGGACGGAGGAAUGGCGGCGGCUGCUGUUCGCGCUGUGCUUCUUUCACGGCAUCGUACAAGAGCGCCGCGCCUUCGGCCCACUGGGAUGGAAUAUACAGUACGAGUUCAAUGAGAGUGAUCUGCGCAUCUGUAUUAUGCAGCUGCAGAUGUUCCUGACCGAAUACGCCGAGACUCCUUUCGACGCGCUCAACUACCUAGCGGGAGAAUGCAACUACGGCGGCCGCGUGACCGACGACAAGGACCGGCGGCUCAUCAUGUCGCUGCUGUCCAUCUUCUACAACGAUGAGGUCACCACCGACCCCGACUACUCGUUCUCCCCGAGCGGCGACUACCGCAUGCCGCCCAGCAUGGACUACAACUCGGUGCUGGAGCACAUCCGUGCGCUGCCCAUGCUGGCCAAGCCCGAAGUCUUCGGUCUACACGAGAACGCAGACAUCACCAAGGACAACAAGGAGACCGUCGCGCUGCUAUUCGGCUGCCUGCUAACACAGACAUCGUUCAUUUCCGGCGGUGGCGGCGAAGGCGGCGACGGCGGCGGCGGCGUGGUGGAGCUGACCAAAGACAUGAUGGCGCGCCUGCCGCGCCAGUAUGACGUGCUCGAGGUCUCGCUUAAAUACCCCGUGCAGUAUUAUAACAGCAUGAAUACUGUGCUCAAGCAGGAGUUGAUCCGGUAUAACCGCCUACUCUCAGUGGUGGCUCGCACAUUACACGGCGUGCAUUUAGCGGCGCAAGGCCUGGCCAUCAUGAGCGCGGAACUGGAGCAGUGCAACAACGCCUUCGUCAAGGGCAUCGUGCCCGGCGUAUGGAUGUCCAAGUCCUACCCCUCUAUGAAGCCGUUGGGAUCCUACGUGGCGGACUUCCUGUCCAGACUGAAAUUCCUGCAAGACUGGAUAGACGAGGGCCCGCCCAUGGUGUUCUGGAUUUCGGGUUUCUACUUCACGCAGUCGUUCCUGACAGGUGUACUUCAGAACUACUCGCGGCACAACAAGAUUCCCAUCGACCAAGUGCACUUCGAAUUCACCCUUACCAGCAUGGAGGCUGAGUGCGAGGAGGAGCCUGAAUUCGGGGUCUAUUGCAAGGGUCUAUUCCUGGAAGGCGCCCGAUGGAACCGUGAGACCAUGCAGCUGGACGAGUCCUAUCCCAAAAUCCUGUUCGACACCAUCCCAAUAAUUUGGUUCCAGCCAGCCCUCAUAGCGGAGUUCAACCCGCCUCCAUGCUACUUCUGUCCCAUUUACAAGACGAGCGAACGAAAGGGAGUGUUGGCCACAACUGGUCAUUCGAGCAACUUUGUCAUGUACAUAACCCUCAAUUCUGAAGUCCCUCAGAAACAUUGGAUCAACAGAGGAGUUGCUAGUCUGACACAGCUUGAUGAUUAAUCUCCCUUUAUUUUUAGAUAAUUUCGGUGUUAAUUAUAUUUAAUUAUCUUUUUAAUAUGUGGACCUUUCAAUGUCUGUGAUAGUUG